AUGAAUUGCAUUUAUCAUCAUCUAAAUCCAAUAUCAUCGAUAUGUAUAGCUCCUCACAAAUGUUAAUGUUAAAGGAAACUGUGCACUGAAUGCCUUAAUGAGCAUGGAAUUGAAAUAAAAUAUGCCAUUCCUAUUAAUACAUUUCAAGAAAUUCUUACUAAGAAAUUAAAGGAAUGCACGCUUGAAGAAGCAUCUGGAAUAACAGAAUAUAAUUUUAAAUUGUUACUGUCUCAAGCAGAAAGUAUGAUGAAGAAAAUGUAGGAAAAAUUAUCUUAAUUAAUAAAAUAAACUUACGAUUUGAUUUAAUAGAAAAAUAAAUCGGAAUCAAAUCUUUUCAACCGAAAUACUAAUAUAGCUGAAUCAACCUGUUCUGAUUUGGAACAAAUAAUCUCAAUUUUAGAAGGGGAAAAAAUAAAUGAUUGGGUAGAAGAGAAAAAUUCUCAACUGAAUAAAUUGCACGAAAAUUAGAUGUGGUGGGAAUAUGAAUUUAAGUCUUUUCAGGAAAAGUUGAAAUAAGAGAUAAUGAUUUGUAUUCAACCAAUUUAUGAUAUAAUGUAUGUUUAUGAGAGAAAGGAAGAUUUAUAUUAGGUAUUGAAUUCGAUAAAAAAUAUUGAUAAUUCAUUCUUCAAUGAGAUAUUGAAAAAGUUGAGGAAAGACAAAGUGAUAGAUUGUCUUGAAUAUCUUAAAAAUAAGUGGGAUAAGCAAUAACCCAAGUAUAAAUUUAUGAAUGACAUUCUCAAAAAUAUUAUGGAAAUAGACCUUAAUAAGAAGAACUAUUCCAGGUAAGAUUUUGAAUAACAAAGAAAGGAUUUGAUUGAAUAAAUAUCUAAAGAUAAAAAAUAGCACAUUACUGAAUUUUUGAAAUUCCUUGUUCAUAUGACAGCUAUAGAUUAAAAAUAUAUCUAAUGUGGAUCCAAUUCCUUUAAUUUAUUAGUUGAAAUGAAGGCUGAUUUGAGGGAAUAAAUCUUUGAAAAUAUAAGGAUUAGAGAUACUUCAUUAGUUGGCGGAAAUUUCGCUAGAUGUAAUUUUAAUGGAUCAGAAUUUGAUAAUGUUGACAUAAGUGGAAUAAACUUGAGUGGCGCUCUGUUGUCCAAUUGUAAAUGGAAAAAUAUCAAAAUACAUGAGUUAAAUAAAUUAGUUGGUCAUAUUGAAACAGUUACAUCAGUCUGCUUCUCCCCUGAUGGUACUACAUUAGCAUCUGGUAGUAAAGAUUGCUUCAUCCGUUUAUGGGAUGUUAAGACAGGAUAAUAAAAAGCCAAAUUAGAUAGUAACUAAAUGGCGGUUUAUUCAGUCAAUUUCUCUCCUGAUGGUACUACAUUAGCAUCUGGUAAUUAAGAAUAUUCUGUCUGUUUAUGGAAAGUUAAGACAGGAUAGUAAAUAGCCAAAUUAAAUGGUCAUACUUGUUCAGUUCGAUCAGUCGUUUUUUCUCCUGAUGGUACUAUAUUAGCAUCUGGUUCUGAAGAUGGAUUAAUUCUUUUAUGGGAUGUAAUGACAAAAUAAUAGCAAGCUAAAUUAGAUUGCUCACAAGCCAAAUUGGAUGGCUUUUCAUGUGGAUUUUCAUCUGUUUGCUUUUCUCAUGAUGGUAUAACAUUAGCAUCAGGUAGUUUUGAUAGCUCUAUCAGUUUAUGGGAUGUUAAGACAGGAAAGUAAAUAGCAAAAUUAAAUGGUCAUGCUGGAUAAGUUUAUUCAGUCGUUUUUUCUCCUGAUGGGGCUACAUUAGCAUCUGGUAGUUAUGAUAAAUCUAUCCGAUUAUGGGAUGUUAAGACAGGGUAAUAAACAGCCAAAUUACGCAGUUAUUCAGAUUCAGUUCUAUCGCUCUGUUUCUCUCCUGAUGGAAAUACAUUAGCAUCUGGUAGUUAUGAUAACUCUAUCCAAUUAUGGGAUGUUAAGUCAGGAUAGUAAAAGGUGAAAUUGGAUGGUCACACUAGCCGAGUUCAUUCAGUCUGUUUCUCUCCAGAUGGGACUACAUUAGCAUCUAGUAGCUAAGAUGGCUCUAUCCGUUUAUGGGAUUUUAAGGUAGGAGAAUAAAAGCCCAAAUUGGAUGGCCAUUCAGGUGGAAUUUUAUCAAUCUCUCUCUCUCCUGAUGGUACUACAUUAGCAUCUUGUAGUUAUGAUAGGUCUAUUCGUUUAUGGGAAAUUAUGACAGGACAAUAAAAAGCUAAAUUAAUUGGUCACAAUGGUCAUGUUUAUUCAGUAUGCUACUCUCCUGAUGGUACUUUAUUAGCAUCUGGUAGCGAAGAUCAGUCUAUCCGUUUAUGGGAUAUUAACAAAGGCUAAUAAAAAUUCAAAUUAUAAUGUUAUUUAGCUUAAGUUAUUUCAUUCUCUUUCUCUCCUAAUGGUUCUAGAUUAGUAUCUUGCAGUGAUUAUAGGUCUAUCAAUUUAUGGGAUGUUAAUACAGGAUAAUUAAAAGAUAAAAUUAGCUUUGGUAUGAUGGGUUCAGUUUAUUCUCUCUGUUUCUCACCUGAUUCUACAAUAUUAGCAAUUGGUAGUAAUGAUGGUAUCAUUUUGAUAGAUACUUAGAGAAGAAAAUAAAAAUCUAAAUUUAUAAAGCAUUCAAAUAGUAUUCUAUCGAUUUGUUUCUCUCCUGAUGGUGCUACAUUAGCGUCUGGUAGUUAGGAUAAAUCUAUCUAUUUAUGGGAUUUUAAGUCAAGAUAAUAAAAAGCCAAAUUAGAUGGUCAUUCAAGUAAAAUUCUCUCAGUUUAAUUCUCCCCUGAUGGUACUAAAUUAGCAUCUGGUAGUGAAGAUAGCUCUAUCCAUUUAUGGGAUGUUAGGACAGGAUAAUAAAAAGCUAAAUUAGAUGGCCAUUCAAGUGGAAUUACAUCAGUUUGUUUCUCUCCUGAUGGUAAUUCAUUAGCAUCUGGUAGUUUUGAUAAAUCUAUCCGCUUAUGGGAUGUUAAAGAAAUUCUAAUUCAAGAUAAUUUUUCUAAAGACCUUCUCAUUAAACUCCUUUCAAAGUUACAAAAUGGUAUUUAAUGUUAUAACUCUUUAGAUCGAACUAUACUCCGAAUAUGUUAAAAUCCUUUAUUGGAAGUAGAAGGAGCCUAAAUCUUCAAUGCGGAAUUUAUAAAUUAUGGAGGGAUAGAUUUGCAAUAUUUGUUCAAAUCCAAAGGAAGCUGCAUUUUAGAAAGCAAAUUUGAAGUGCAAAAAAACUUAAAUUGA